AUGUAUCGAGUGAAUUCGACGACAGUCGGAGCUGGUACGGGCCAUGGAAUGAGUCCGCAGCCAACCGGCGGUGGCUCGGCAAGGAAAGUUUAUGUCCGCCAGGAUCGAGGUGCUGAUUUGGGCACUGGGUCUGGUUUGGGCAGUGGAAUCGGGAUAAAUCCGGAUGGAAAUGGUAUGGGAGGUAGCCUGCAGUCGCCUUUGCCAGCAGCUGUGAAAAGUACGGGAGAGAUAGGAUCUAAAGGCAUGUUUGUUCGAGCUAAUUCUGAUACUAAAGUGCGGCCGGGAUCAGGGUCUGUCAAAUUAAAAGCUGCGAGUGUUCCAGUUGUGGCUACGGUAUCUACGUCGAACAGUGGAAUUGGUAUUGGGGCUGAGAGUGUCGGAGGCAAUGGGAACGUAUUUUCCUCGAAUACUCCAGGAUCUAGAGCCUCGUCGGUUGUUUCUGACAGGCAGCCACGGCCACAGCUGCGACAGCGUGUAUCGGUGCUAGAUCUCAAGCCAGAGCUUCAUUAUAAUGCGAGUGUAUCAUCGAAGUCAUCUGUGAGUUCACUGAAUCACAACCAGGUUCAGUCUCAAAAUGUUAACCCUAGUUUAGAUGGCCGUAGGUCGAGCAACGACUCUGGGUCUGCUGGCGUGAAUGCCUACAACAAACGACUCAUGAGUCCUUCAGUGAGUGGGACGAAUACACCUGUCAUUUCUCCUACUUAUAAACCGUUGAUAGGUACAAAAGAUAGCAAGGUGCUGAAAUACUCACCAACUGCGAAUGUUUCAGCAGCCGCUGAGAAUCUUCCAUCUCAUGUUGCAGUGUCAUCUGGUGCUAAUGAUCAAGCAUCUGAUAGUUUUACGCCCAAUUUAACGGAAUCUUCUACCUUAGCAUCAUCUUCAUCAUCAUUUCCAUCGUUGUCAUCGCCAUCACCAUCAUCGUCCUUUGCAUCUGCUCCAGCUGGACUACUACCUUCUCCUUCAUUGCAUCAGGGCUCUACUUUGCCUGAGUCUUCUCCCAAAGACCACUCUGAAAUUCUGGUAAAAUUACCAGAUAAGAGUGCAAAUAUUAUUUCCAAAGCGAUCCAACAAGAGUCUGAACAAUCGUCAGUCAGUGAAUCGAUGACCUUGGUCCCGGUUCUUCAACCGUCUGAUGUAACCUCUCUCUCGGCAGUCUCUAAAGCACGAGCAGAAAGGAAAAUAAAGGAUUUGGAGAUAACAAACACUUCGUUGUUAUCAAUAAAUCGUUAUUUGGAAAAGAAGAUACAUCGUCAGAAGAAGGAUAUCGAGCGUCUCAGCACCCGUCGAACUUCCGAUAGGAGUAGUAUGGGCAGGAGGACGACCCGGAACACAGAACACGGAUCUGAUGGAGAUUCGGAUAAUGACAGUGAUAACGAGUCGAGAUAUUCUGGAGACUAUGAGAACAGCGAUUUAGAUGAGUCCAGUCUGUCUUCGGACUUUUCUGAUGAUGAGUACUCUGAGCUUGAUAGUAGUUUCAUCGACACAACACUUUUAGACGAGGUACAAGAGCGCACUUCGGCACAUAUUUCAUUUUUAAAAUCGGCUGAAAAGUUCGAUACCAUGCUACGUCAGUGUCUAAUCAUAAGUGAUAGCUUACUGAACGAUGCAAUGAGCUCGCUCGAUUUCACAGUCAAACCAUCUGACAUAGGAAAAAAAGUCGUAGCUGUAGACGCUGGAGAAUCGGACGACCCAUAA